AUUACUAUCCUUUAAAUAAGUUUGUUAUUAGUUGCGUCUGGGGUUUGACCAACUCCAACAAGAAGAAGAAUCAAUCAAUGGCGUCUUUGAGUUCGACCUAUGCUUUCUCUAAUUCAAUACUCUCGUAGCAUCAAAAUACUAGCAUAACAUGCUUCAAUAUACGUAUUCACUCCAAUCAAAUCAAUCUCGAAUCCAAUUUGCAGCUUAACUUGAUCCAAUUGCUUUACUCUGUGAAACGAAAUUGUUGAAGAAUUAGUGAGGUGUUUGAUGAAUUUACUGUUUUAGGGUUUCUGUGAGUGUUGUUAAACUGUUAAUUGAGUGAGAAGAUGGGUGGAAUAUGUUCUAGGAGAUCCAGUGAGGAUGAUUUUGACAAUGGAAGCUUUCCCCGUGGAUUGAGUUUUGGGUCUGGGGUGAUUUAUCAGUCUCGAGGAUUGCCUGCUCAACGGAUGGAUGGUGAGUCUAUGCCUAAGGGAAGAGUGGAUGGUGAUGGUAAGGAUAGUUUGAGAGAAGUGUUGUCGUUUCCAGAGAUGAAUGGUGGUUCGUAUGCGUUGGAUGAUAAUGAUGGGAUUCCGAGAUUGGCUAGGGUUUUAUCGCAUAAAUCCAGGUCGACCAAGACGACAAAGGUUUCUGAAGUGAGUUCAAUUUUGGGUAAAGCGGGGACCGCUGGUUUUGGAAAGGCAGUAGAAGUGCUGGAUACCCUUGGCAGCAGCGUGUCAAGCUUACACGCCAGUGGUGGUUUUGUGUCUGGGGUGGCAACAAAAGGAAAUAAAAUAGCAAUAUUAUCAUUUGAAGUUGCAAACACAAUCGUUAAGGGUGCCACCUUAAUGCAAUCUCUUUCAAAGGAUAACAUAAAACACUUAAAAGAGGUAGUCUUGCCUUCAGAAGGUGUGCAACUUCUAAUAUCAAAAGACAUGGAUGAGCUCCUCAGAAUUGCUGCAUUUGAUAAAAGGGAAGAAUUAAAAAUCUUUUCUGGUGAAGUGGUUCGAUUUGGAAAUCGAUGCAAAGAUCCUCAAUGGCACAACCUAGACCGUUAUUUUGAGAAAUUGGGAUCAGAAUCAGUUCCCCAGAAACAACUGCAAGAAGAAGCAGAAACCACCAUGGAGCAUUUGAAGAAUUUGGUUCAGAAUACUGCAGAAUUAUACCACGAGUUACACGCGUUGGACCGGUUUGAACAAGAUUUUCGACGUAAGCAAAUAGAAGAGAACCCCAACGCUCCACCAAGAGGGGACAGCCUUGCUAUCUUGAGGGCAGAAUUGAAGAGUCAAAAGAAGCACGUGAGAAGUUUGCAAAAGAAGUCACUUUGGUCCAAGAUUUUGGAAGAGGUGAUGGAGCAACUCGUAGACAUUGUGCAUUUCUUACACAUGGAGAUUCAUAAUGCUUUUGGAACAGCCGAUACCGAAACACCGGUAAAAAGCAACCGACAGAAGUUGGGAGCAGCUGGUCUUGCGCUACAUUAUGCUAAUAUUAUUACCCAGAUUGAUACACUUGUCACUCGCUCAGGUUUUGUGCCUCCAAGUACUCGGGAUUCUUUGUACCAAGGACUACCGCCUCAUAUUAAGUUAGCAAUGCGCUCCAAAUUACAUUCGUUUCUCCCAAAGGAAGAGCUUACCAUUCCUGAAAUUAAAGGAGAAAUGGAGAAAACUCUCCAUUGGCUUGUUCCAAUUGCAACAAAUACAACCAAAGCUCAUCAUGGCUUUGGCUGGGUUGGAGAAUGGGCAAAUACAGGAUCUGAGGCAGACCGAAAACUGUCUUGUCCCGUUGACUCAUUAAGAAUAGAGACUCUCCACCAUGCCGAUAAGGAAAAAACAGAAGAAUGUAUCCUUAAACUAGUCAUCUGGCUUCAUCACCUCGUUUGCCAAUCAAAGGCUAUAAACGGUGGAAUAAAAUCACCGGUAAAAUCUCCUAUCCGCUCCCCAAAUCAAAAACGAAUUCAACUCACAGCAAACCGGCCCGAUUCUCCCUCGCCUGCACUCACAACCGAAGACCAAGAAAUGCUUCGGGAUGUUAGCAAAAGAAAACCGACCCCCAUAAUCAGCAAAAGUCAAGAAUUUGACACCCAAAACAGGUUAAGCAAGCAAUAUAGGCUAACUAAAAGCAGUAGUCAUUCCCCGACCCAUGAAGUUAAGCGGGAUCCGUUUCCCAUCAAGAGACCGUCAUCUCUUCCGAUUAUUAACUUUGAUAUCGAUAGGAUGAAGGCUAUGGAUGUUAUUGAUGAUAUAAGAGUUAGUGAGUAAACACUCAUUUGACAGGUUUCGGGUCGAGGCUGUGUCGAAUAUGCGUUGGUGUUGGUUCUUGGGUAGAUUUUUGUUGUUUAGAGAUUUCAUUUUGUACAUGAGUCGACUAGUGUCGUAUGUACAGACCUUUGUCUCGUUUGGAAUUAGUAGACGCUUCUAUAUUUAUACAGAAAAGUUAUGGCACAUGUUUAUAUGAUUCUAUAAUUUAUAUGAUGUUGGGUUUAUA